CAACAAAAAUAAUAUUAAAGGAGGAUGUUGUUGCAAUGAUGUAAAAACACUCGGAGCAAAACGGAUUGGUUUCAUCAUGUGAAAGCUGUUUUAUCGAGACACAAGUAGCCAUUCGAAUCGAUCUUGCAAGAAGGAUUUCCAUCAAUGGCUACAAAACCAGGUAUUUGGCUUUGUCUUCCGGACAGCCUCAUCCUCCACAUCUUUACCUUCCUGUCAUCCAGAGAUCUGCAGAGGUGUGCACAAACCUGCAAAUCCUGGCUACGGAUCAGCCAAGAUGAGUUGCUUUGGAAGCUCCUGUUGUACCGUGAGUGGAAGAUCGAUUCCUCCAUCAAGCUAGCAAACAACCGGCGGUCAUAUCGCAGGGAAUUCAAGCGACUUGCAUUUCACACGCCCAAAGUGCAAUACCAAGUGCUACGUGAACACACAGAUCAAGUGUUGCACGUUAGCUUCUCACACAAUGGCAAGAUGUUCUCCUCCUGUUCUAAAGAUGGUACCAUCAAGGUUUGGAGAACAGGUCCUCCGGCAUCUAUCCGCUACAGCCAAAGCAUGAAAGAGCUCUUCCGCUGGCAGUAUACACAGUUCUCACAGUUCAAUGCCACAGACACACUCCUUCUUGUUUCAGGAGUUCACUUUGGACCCAACAGUACUUCUGGGGAAAUAGCAGUUUUCAACAUUAAAGAAGAAUUUUACUUACAAGCUCGUGUGCUGAACAAGCCGUAUGACAUCUUUGGAUGUUGGCUAAACAACUCCUAUCUAUUGUCUGGUAAUCUCCACUACUUGGGCCAUCUUUCGUCUUGCUCUGCACUCUGGUUGAACAAGGCUAUGCAAGAAGUUGACUCAGAACAGGAAUCAGUAGUCAUGCGCAUAUUCAAGUUCCUUAACAUUAAUGCCAGUACCAUUCGCAGUAUCAUGGUUGCCAAUUGCAGCGCUCUUGGACGAGGACUUGCAAUGGAUGAUGGAAAGGACAUGACGGCCGAAAGCACAGGUGUACCAAGCUCGAGCGAUUUCUUUCAUAGCUCCAGUGAAAGUGAGAUUGAUAAUAGGACAAAUGCCUGGGAGAGUGACUUGGAAGGUACAGGUGAGAUUGAUCAUAGUACUCAUCAUGAUGGAAAGAGGACUUGCAGUGAGGGUGAUAUUAACCAGUCAUUUGAAACAGGAAUCUUGCAUCACAGUGAGAGUGAACCAUGUUUUAAGGCUCCGCCAAGUCCAGCACUUUCAACAGGGGAGGUCGAACCCAGAAGAUCAGUUUCACCUAGAAUACAGAUUCAGGGCACACCACAGACAGGUGUCGGUACCAAGAGUUCUUCACUGAAGCGUGAUGUUAGCUAUGUGAGCAGUACCCCACCAGACCUUACCAGGAAAAGUCUCCGCACCAAUGCAAGAGGAAUGUACACAGUGGGAGUGUCUCCAGCUGCAAAACUUGAUCCUGAUAGUUGCUAUCAACGGCUGUGGAUGCGUGUCAGGGAAGCAGAAAUGCGCAGAGGUGGACAUCUUGAUUAUGAUAUCCUGAAGAUUUUAAUUGAUGGUGUUGAUCCGGAGGUUGGUAUGGAAGAAUGCCAAGCCAGUCCUUCUGGGUCCCAAUCUAGGAGGUCACCAGCAAUUCGUUCACCAAGAAUGGAAAGUCCAUCAGAACUUGCUAACACACAGUGGCCCCGAAAUGGAGAUGAAAGGGACCCUCAAGAAGGCCCAUCAACUUCCCGGCAAGCUUUUCGUGAAGGACUACCACCAGAUUGUCCUCUGUCCCUAUGUAGCUCAACAGAUACAAUGCUUUCCAGUCCAGACACUGACUUGGGCUCAAGGACUUUCGCAACUGAUAGCGCAAGUGCCAGUGAUGUGAUUAGGGCUUGGGGUAAAAAAUUCACUUUUGGUAGUACAGAUAGUCUAGAUGAUGAGCCAGCGAUUCAGUACUCAGACCGGAGGUUUAUUAAUACAGAAUUAGAUGGUGCACGUAACAUCAUGGCAAUAAAGAAUGGUGCUGAUGAGAAUUACCUAUCUAGCAGUAGUUUCUCUGAUUCCCACGAAGCAGCCACACAUCUUCGGAUUAAACGACGCAUCAAAAGGAGCACGUCAAAAGAAAUCAAGCAUCUCAUAUUCACAAUGGGUUCUAAAGCUUACACUCCACAUCAGAUUGGCAUCAAGAAGAUUAGGAAGGAAAUGUGCAAUACCUUAAAAGGUCCUUUAGGAAAGGGAGCCUUUAAUUUGCCUCGGCAAGAUGAUGCCGCAGCAGAAGAAAUUGGAGAUGAGCAGGGUAUAGACUUUGAUAAGGUGGAUCAUGUUAUUGAGUUAAAUGGCCAUGCAAUCGGAAUGGCACUGUCACCAGACCAAAGGUUUCUGUAUGUGAAUUGUCGGUGUUGGCCACCAGAGUACCGGAUUUCUGACCCCCUAGCACCACCACCAAUUGCUCAAGAGAUUGAGAUCAGAGUAUAUGACCUGGUGGAUCUCACUGAAGUUAAGCGUUUCCAUGGACACAAGGCAUACUCACCCAACGAUGAAUUUAACUUCAUUUUUCUUGAUGUUAGUGAUCAGUAUGUUGCAAGUGGUGCUGAAGAUAAACAUGCAUACAUCUGGGACACACAUUAUGGGAUUCUCAUUGGUCGUCUCUCACACAAUGAUGUUGUGAACUCUGUGGCAUUCAAUCCACUUGACCCCGAGAUGCUGGUUACAGCCAGUGAUGAUAACACCAUCAAAAUUUGGACGUCUAGAAAUCAAUUUGAACGUCAAACCACUAGAGUGUAAAACCUCUAGCUGUUGGUGAAAUAUUGACUUACUGUACUGUAUUUGUAAAUACUAUUCUAUAAAUGCAUAUUCUUUUUACCUUAAUUACCACUCUCUCAGCCCUUAAAGCACUUGUUUACUCAAAUGUUAUCAGUUAUUUUAAUGCUGCAUUCUUUCUGAAAUUAGUUGUCAAAAUAAAACUUAUGUUUUAAAAUGUUUGUUCCAAACCCAGAGUCCUAGGUCUUGAAUUAAUUUAAAAGUCCUAAAUCCAGUUCAAAGGGUCCUGAAUUUAAAUUUUACUAUCCUGUAAACAAUCCCUGUGUGCAGUUUGCAAAGUACAGUACUGUAAAACCUUGAAUUAAAGCUCAUGGCUUUUUUUUUUUUUUUUUUUUUUUUUGUGAAUUUUGGAUGGCUUCUUUUUGAGGCUACUUUUGCAAAGUAAAGAAGU